AUGUCAGCUGAAUACCACCUUGACAUGGAUAUCGAUAACAAUAAAAAUAAUGAAAGACUGCCAAAUGGCAGAGCGACGCGUUCUUCGCUAGCGUGUCUACCCUGCCGCUCGCGUCAUCUCAAAUGCGACGCCAAAAAACCGCGGUGUACCCGCUGCGCCGAAUUCUCCAGAGAAUGCCAGUAUGCCCAAUCACGCAGAGGGGGGCUGGACCGCGCAGCACUGAGUGAGCGGCGUAAGCGAUUAGCAACCGCUGAGGAUCCCGUGAAUAACAGUAGCCCGAGCCCACAACGGUCGGCAGGGUCUCAGGGUCGCCAGGACUUCGGCACCGGGAUUAUUGACGUGGAUCUCUCGAACAGUUAUGGACUGCUCCAUGGAAGCACAAGCACUGGAGACCAAACUUCUAGUACUGGAUCUCCAAGCACAAUCUCACUGCAGUUCAGCAGUAUUGAGACCGAUCCUUUGAUUGAUUUAUACUACAACAACUUCCACAAACUUCAUCCGUUCAUUUUACCUCAAAAAUAUCUGACAAGAGCCUAUCAAGAUCCAACACGUCAAACCUCUUUGAACGCACUUAUCGCUGUGAUGCGACUCGUUGGAAAUAUUUACAAGUCACGCGAGUUAUCGAGUUCAUUAAAGGACCAUGCUGAAGCUGGUUUCUUACAAUUACUACCAACGGACCCGAUCCUUGUACAAUGUCGACUCCUAUACUCAAUGGUAUUGUUUUGGUAUGAGUACAAGAGUGAAUCAAAAUUACAAAUGGAUACAGCGGUUCAAGUCGCCCGUGAAUUAGAGAUGUUCCGAGCAGAAUUUGCGGUGAAAUAUGGAGGCACCGAUCGUGUUUUGCAAGAAAGCUGGAGGCGAACUUGGUGGACGUUAUAUACUGUGGAGGCUUACUAUGCUGGGACUUUGGGUACUAUGAACUUCGAAGUUGCCAAAAUAGACACCACAGUAGAACUUCCUUGUGAAGAGUCGGAGUAUGAACUUGGAGAUAUUCCCGCACCGAAAACCCUGCACGACUUCGACUGCCGAGAGUUUGCCCCCGAUGAUCUCGUUUUCUCAUCCUUCACUUACCUCAUUGGUGCUGUGCGCUGUGCUGCUUUUGCAAUAUCUACGGUCCCCAAGACCGCCAUGAAAGAGGAUUCCCCGCAGGUGAUCCAGACUGCAGACUCAAUAUUGAAUGGAUGGCUCCUCUUACUGCCAAAGAAUCGUAAGCAGGUCAUGAGUAGGACUGGCGAAAUUGACGAACUCAUGUUCCAAGCCCACAUGCUUAUUCAUGUGUAA